AUGGCCGCCAAAGUUUACGUCGGAAACCUCUCGUGGAACACCACUGAUGACUCGCUCGCCCACGCCUUCUCGGCCUUCGGUCAGCUCACCGACUACAUUGUCAUGAAGGAUCGCGAGACCGGCCGCUCGCGUGGCUUCGGCUUCGUCACCUUCGCCACCCAGGGCGAGGCUGACGCCGCCAUCGCUGCCCUCAACGAGCAGGAGCUUGACGGCCGUCGCAUUCGCGUCAACAUGGCCAACUCGCGUCCCGCCGGCGGCAUGGGCGGUGGCUACGGUGGUGUUACCAGCCAGUACGGCGCCAACGCCUACGGCGGCGCUGGUGGCUACGGUGGUGGCUACGGCGGUCAGCCCGGUUUCCAGCCCCAGCAGGGCGGCUUCCCCCAGCAGGGUGGUUACCCCCAGCAGGGCGGCUACGGCGGCUACCAGCAGCCCGGAUUCCAGCCCCAGCAGGGCGGCUACGCUGCUCCCCAGCAGGGUUACGGCGCUCCCCAGCAGGGUGGCUACGGCGGCUACGGCGCCCAGCAGAGCUUCCAGCAGCCUUCGCAGCAGAACGGCGGCGGCUACAACGGCCAGGGCUACUAA